GAAGUCUGGGACUUCGUGCGCAUUAUAUCAACCUUUUCAUUAGCAUCGUAUGCAUUUGUUGUUCCCUUUACGUGCUCUGCGAGAGACUUCAGGAGUCUGGUUUAAUAAAGUGCAAAGUACUGGAAAGCGCGAUUGCAGGGACCGCUAGAAACCUUGGAACAAUUCAUUCAUCGCAGAGACGGACUGGCUGCGGUCGCAUCUGGCUCGGCACCUGCCUGUGUCUUUUGAUCCAACAUCACAAGCACACCGAUCCAACAUACGCUCUCGCAUAUGAUUGACAUGUCCACGUUCCUUACCCAUCGCAUUGUUUGCUCAUGGUCCCUCGACGAGCCUGAUGAUCAAUGAUAGCGCCGGCGCUUUUAUUGCUGAUCGACCGCGAUCGAUGAUCUUUAGAAAGACCUCAUUUGUGAAACGCGAAGACGAAAUAAAGCUAGGGCCCCAUGUCUCUCGAGGCCGCACCGAUUGCACGCAGGGGUGGUGGAUGGAUCUCUCCAGGCCUGACCACACCUGAUCUCAAGCCGGCCGAUUACACCACUAGAUCCAGAGGCAGCUCCCCGAGCGAGAGAAUCGGGCGAGAUAUGGGACCGCCAACGUGGGCCUCAGCGAAAGCUAGCUCAGCGCGAGUGCAUGGCGGAUCGCGACUCGGGCGCAAUGCGUAUGUCCAGUGGCUGCUAGCACCUUUGUCGCGAUGGAGGCACUACAUGAUGGCUGGUGAACAGAAUGAUCGUGAGGUGGAGAAAGAGAAGCUGAAUCGUAUGCGAGGCACGGGUAACAACGCCUCUGCGGACAUUCAAUGGCAGGACAUUAUGAGGCAAUGCAAACAACACAUGACACGAAGAAGGAGACUUCAAACUGGCGUUAUAGUCCUGCUGCUGCUCAUCUGGUGGCUUGCGACUCCACCAUUGACACGAUGGUACCGGCGGACAAGUUUCCUUGGCGGUGGAAGCAAGUUUGUCAUUAUACUUGCAGCAAACCCCGGGGGCGGCGUAUCAGAAUGGAAAGGUGGGCGGGAAUAUGCAAUUGAAAAGGCCAGCAUGCGUAACAAGCAGCGCUACGCUGAUCGCUGGGGCUAUACGCUGGAGGUAGCCAAUCUUGUCGACAAGAAAGAGUACUCGCAUGAGUGGCGUGCAGGCUGGGAAAAGGUAGACAUCAUCAAGAAUGCCAUGAGAAAGCAUCGAGAUGCGGAAUGGUUUUGGUGGCUUGACUUGACCACUGUGAUCAUGGAGCCUAGCUACAGCUUGCAAUCGCAUAUUUUCAACUCGCUCACCGACCGCACUUACCGUGAUAUCAAUGUAUACAACCCUCAAAAGAUAGAGCAUCCCGUCAGCAAAACAAGCGAAUCCACCUUCUUCCUCGACGCGACGACAUUAUCCGCAGCAGGUGACAAUCGAGCUUCUAGUAUCGACAUGCUCAUUCCACAGGAUUGCAGCGGAUUCAGUCUUGGCAGCUUCUUCGUGCGACGUAGCGACUGGGGUGAGCGAAUCCUCGACGCAUGGUGGGACCCGAUCAGUUAUGAACAACGACAUACCCAAUGGACGCACAAAGAACAAGACGCCCUCCACCACAUCUACACCACACAGCCUUGGAUCCGAUCACGCGUGGCAUUCCUGCCACAGCGCAUGAUCAAUGCAUAUCCUGAGGGAGCGUGCGGCAACGACCAAGGUCUCCCUGCACGCGGCUGCCCGAAGCCACUUCGAAAGAUAAAAGUCUCAGACCCUGCACUAGCUCUUUCCGAAAAUCAAGAUCCAGAAAAACUCGAAGCGAUGAAGGAAUGCGGCGUCCGAGGCGUGCAUUAUCAAGAAAAGGAGCGGGAUUUCCUCGUGAAUAUGGCGGGUUGUCAAUGGGGUCGGGACUGCGCGGAGGAAAUGCAUGACUUUGCGGAUCUCAGCUAUAUGUUAAAUCGUGGCAGAUGGGAGAGAUUUAAGAACUGGAUCAGCGGUCAGGAUCGAAGGGAUAGGGAGGAGAUGGUCAGGGAGAAGGAACGGAGGAGGAAGGCUAAGGAGGAGUGGGAAGUAAAGGAGGCGGAGUUCAAGGCGAUAAUGGCAGAUGGGGAGGACGGUGGAUAGGGAUUGAUUGUGUGAUCAGGAUUCGCUGGCGAUCGGGCCACAUUUAUGAUGGAUGGUAUCCUGUCUCGCCGCAUGUCCAAAGGAAAGCUCGGUAUGUGAGAUCGGUCACAUAGACAAUCUCACAGAUGCAGAUCCAUCGUCUUGUACUGAGGAGGCGAGAAUGCUCCACGUGAUGGGAAAGCUCGACAAAAUCGCUCAGCAUCGCCUCCAAUCAGUUCUUGCCAACAGCGGUAUGGCGUUCGCACCGCAGCGCGGGUCGAACCACUGCUCCAAAGUGGGUAAAGAGCCGUUGUUGGAAUUAAUCUGCGACUGCGUGAUCCCAUUUGUCAAUGUCCUUCAGCUCUCAAACGUGCUUGCGACCACGACAUCCAGGGCAGAUCUGUAGCCAUAGAUUCACAUCCCUGCCGUCACGCUACACGCUGCACGGGAGAGGUUCUCGCCUCGGCUGCUGUGGACGUCCCGAAAAUAAACAUGGCAAAUUUGUGCG